AUGAAGAUCAGUGUUAUUAUCCUAAUAUCAUUGAUAUCGCCCAUCUUUUGCUCCAUCGGGGAUAAUCUACCGGAGUUUCAAGAAUGUGUAAAAUUAUGUCAAUCAUAUAAAUGUCAAAAUAAAAAGAUUCAUUCUCAAUUGACUAAUGAUUUUAAUAAACAUAAUGUUAUAUUCCCAUUAAAUUACUUGUUCUUUUGGGAUUGUAAUAGUGAUUGUGAUUAUAAAUGUCAACAAAUCAUUACUUCAAUAAGAUCCCAUAAUAAUCAGCCUAUGGUUAAAUUUCAUGGCAAAUGGCCUUUUAUAAGGUUUUUCGGUAUAACAGAAAUAGCAUCAACAAUUUUUUCAUUAUUAAAUUUCCAUGUCAACUAUACCAAUUUUAAAAAUGUCAAUCGUCAAUAUAGAAAGACUGGAAACAAAAUGUAUUUACAAUACUUAUAUUUACUUACUAUAAGUAUGGUAGGAUGGAUAUUUUCAACAAUUUUUCAUAUAAGAGAUACCUCGUUUACAGAGAUUUUAGAUUACUAUGGUGCUUCAUUUAUAAUAUUUACCAAUUUUUAUGUUAUAUUAGUACGAUAUUAUAACAUUUAUUCAUCUAGAGAACUUUAUAUCGUUCAAGGGGUGUUUUUCGUAGCAUAUUGUUUACAUGUAUUGAAAAUGACUUAUAAUUGGGAUUAUAGUUAUAACAUGAUAUUCCAUCUUAUAAUUGGUAUCUCAGGAAUGGUUUUAUGGAUAUUACAUUCAUUAAGAGUAGCAAGAACAUAUUCACUGAAUUAUCAAGUGUUAAACAAUUCCAUUUCCAUAUUACCUUAUGAAACCAAGAUUUUGACCAAAUUGAACUUCUUGGGCAUAUCCAAAAGUAGAAAUAUUCCAUAUUUACCUAUUUUCUUGAAUCUAUGGUUAAUUGCAGUGAUGGGAUUCGAAAUUGGGGAGUUCACUCCUUGGAUGAAGUUGAUAGAUAGUCAUUCUUUAUGGCAUUUGGGUAGUUGGGUACCUCAAUUGAUAUGGUAUGAUUGGAACAUAUGGGAUUUAGAAGUAGAUAGAGCUUUGCACAAAUAG